AACGAUAAACACGGCUGUCAUUGAUUGACGAUUAAUUCAAUCAAUUUGAUUGUUGUCAUUUGAAGUGUUUUAUUAUUUUAUCUUACUUUCUGUGAAUUUUGUAAAUUUUGUUAAUGUUGAUUAGUUAAUUUACUUUUCUUUAUAAAAAUGUUUAGCAGAUCUAAUUCAAUGAAUGUUACAGGACAAGAAGAUGCUCCUUGGCUUUUCUCAACUUUGGCCCGUGGAGUGUCAACUGUUGCUGGCUUGUUAUCCAUAUUCUUUGGUUUUUGGGCAAUGAUCGGAUUUGAUUUUGGAUGUUUACUUGCUGGUAUUUUACUUAUUUGUGAAGGUCUACUUGUUACACUUAUCGAAUCACCUUGUCUAUGUGUCUUUUUGGACUUUGCUUUGAUUCCAAGUCGCUUCUAUGAAGGAAAACCUCAUUGGUGGAAAGCUGUUUCUUAUGCAUUAUUUGCGGUAAUACCAUUCUUCAUUUGUCAAGGGUUUUCCACUAUACUAUCCUGCUGUCUGUUGGCUGCAGCCUCGGCUAGCUACCUAGUCUUAAGUUUAGGAAAAAAAGCAAGUUUAGAGGAAAUGAGAGCCAAAGCAAUGUCAGAGAAUCCAAGUGCCAUUUUAGUGAAUAAUGAACUUGCAAUUGAUAAAUCUGGACCUGCCCAAUUCUCUCCGUCAGUUGCUUUAGGUGACAUGAGAAAUCAACAACCGACAAUUGUUACUUAUUGAUAGAUGAAACACAUUUUAAAUUGACAUAAUGAGGGAGAAAAUCACCUUUAUCAAAUUAUCGCCUUUCUCAGCUGAUGUGAUAUUUAUACAUACAUAUUUAUAAUUAAUUAUUUAAUAGAGAACGAGAAUAAUAUUGAUAUCAUCUCAACCUCUUUUUAAUCCAUCCUCUCACCUAAUUUUUUUCCUCUUUAAUAUGAUUCUCAUUGUUUCUUAAACCCUUGUAAUCAGCUAUUCCAGUUUGGUGGAAAUUAACUUGCUAACCUUUUAUUUACUCGUUCUUUCUUUUCUUCUCAUCAAUACAUCAAAUCAUACUAGAUUAUUCAUUCCAUUAAUUCCUAUCAUCAAAAAAUUUUGGUUAUACGGCGGAAAAUAAUGAAAUUUCUUUUGAAUUUUACCUCUCAUUGCUCAUCUAAACAACGCCUAUUACUUUCAAUCAUAAGUUAUGCUUAAUCAUCAAUAAUUGUUUACAUCCAACCUUAUCUUCUCGAUAUGAAUAACAGUAACUUCAAACGAUUAUCACCUUUA